AUGCCGAACGGGAUGCCUUGGCCCCUCGACGCUACCCAGCAGCAGCAACAACCCCAACCGCAGCUGCUGCCACCGCCCGAACCGGAGCCCGGGGACACGCCGCUUCUCCCGAGCCCAGGGGACCCGCAGCAGUUGGCCCUGCUGAAUUUCUUCUUUCCUGAGGAAGAAGAAACCCGACAUGCUCAUCGCAGCAAGAGGAGCAAAAGCAGUGAGGGAGCAGAUGGUCCAGUUAAAAACAAGAAAAAGGGAAAAAAGGCCGGACCUCCUGGACCAAAUGGCCCACCAGGUCCCCCCGGGCCUCCAGGCCCCCAAGGACCUCCAGGAAUUCCAGGAAUUCCUGGCAUCCCUGGGACAACAGUCAUGGGACCCCCUGGGCCUCCUGGGCCUCCUGGGCCUCAAGGUGCCCCUGGGUUGCAGGGCCCCUCAGGUACGGCUGACAAGGCUGGAGCUCGGGAGAUCCAGCCGGCUGUGGUGCACCUCCAAGGCCAAGGCUCCGCCAUCCAAGUGAAGAAUGAUCUUUCAGGUGGAGUGCUCAAUGACUGGUCUCGCAUCACCAUGAACCCCAAGGUGUUUAAACUGCACCCCCGCAGUGGGGAGCUGGAGGUACUGGUGGACGGCACCUACUUCAUCUAUAGUCAGGUAGAAGUGAGGCCCACAGCUGGGGCUGGGGAGGGAGGAACUAAUGAGAAGAGACACUUGGUGAUCGCUGUAGAUGACCUGAAAGCAGCCGCCACAGCGAUGGGCACAUAG